AUGUCUUCCUCGGCUUCUACGUUUCAAUCCUCUCGUCCCACGGAGAUUGAGCGUAGCGAUGAAAUCCUGGCGGACCUAAAUGGUCUGACCAUGGAUAAAAAGGACAUGAUCAAUCAGAAGUACAAGUACCGCUUCGAACAGUACCAAGAUUGGGAGAUCCUCAGGAACCAAGUCCGUUGCGUGGAUUGCUUUGUUCUCGAACAGUCGUCCGAAGCGAAGCGUCGCAAACGUCCGGCCACCCAGGCUGAAAAGGACGAAGCUCGCCGUGAGAGUAUUCGAUACUAUGACUUCUGGCCCGAGGGAAAGCCAAAGCCGAUGAUUUUUACCAGCGGUGGUAACAUCAUCACAAGUAAUGAUCCCCGUACCUGGGGUUACAUCCUCCAGGACGAUUUCCCCAAGCUUGAUUUGAACAUUGAGCAGUACUACCCCCCCGGCGAGUAUGCCAGAGCGAUGCAGUCAAAGCCCCGCCACAAAAUCGAACCGAAUGACGAUAAUCGCAAGUCACUGAUCCCGGAGUGGAGAGAGAAGCCUCUCCUAGGGGUCGAGAUGGACCCGCAAAAGCCCUGUUACACUGUCUCAGGCAUGAACAAAAAUUUCGAGGUGAUGGAGUGGUGGAAUUACAUCAUCCCUUAUACCUGGAGUGACUACUUGGCUAAGAGUCGCGACAUUACAACUGUCCGCAAGGCCCGAUGCAUCGGUCAUCCUGGUAUGGUCGGCGACAACAGAAAGUGGUCCUGCUGCGGCAGCUGGGCUGAUGCCAAUGGGUGCCAUCACUCGGACUACCACCGCUUCCCACAGCUCAAUGAAGACGAAGCCAGGGAAGUCUGGCAUCUGUAUCCCACCCCUGAUCCUAGCGCGGCGAUCGACCCCCGAACCGCCGUUGCUCUGAGCUGUGAGAAGGGCAUCGCCACAAACGGCGACCAUGAAAUCGUCCGCAUUGGCAUGAUUGACUUUUUCACCGGAGAAGUCCUCAUCAAUUCGCUCGUCUUCCCCAGCAAAAAUGUGAAAAUGCUUCACUUGAAUACUCACUGGUCCGGUGUGGAUUGGCAGAUGUUGCACAGUGCGCGAGCAAUGAAGACUGUCCUUGAAGGACGCGAUGCAGCUCGCAGCCGUGUUUGGGACUUUGUCGGACCCGAAACCAUCAUAAUCACUUACUCUGGUGGUUCACGCGACUUGCUGGAGCUCCGCAUGAUACACAGACGCGUUAUCGACAUUGAAGAGCUGGAAUCGCGACGCGAGAAGUCCGUGCGAAUCAACCUCUGGAAGACCGGUCUCCGAAAACUUGUUCCAGUGCAUCUCAAGCGUCCAUUCCCGAAGGGUAGCAAUGGGAAUGUACUUGAAGCCACGGUCGCUCUUCGCGACUUGACUCAUUGGUACAUGACCAACCUUCCGCCGGUCAUGAAGACGAAACUUGAGCAGUGGCCCAAAAAAACCAAGGAGGAACUUCAGGCUGAAGCUGAGUACGCGAUAGCACACCGCGAUGAUCCGUUUUUCUGCCGCACCGAACUGGACGAAGACUCUCGCCUGUGCCUUCUGCACAAUGUUCCUCGAGAGGGGAACGAGUACAUUCGGCCUGAAAUAGAAACGGACUUUUGGGACCCUCAGGAUGACUGGAACAACCCUCUUCCCUCCCAGGAAGAUUCGCUUUGGGCUUAG